AUGCAGUUCACUUUCCAGUGACAUCCAUGCUGCGGUUGUUUUUAUCCUGUUGUUGAUACCUGGCUACCUCUUGUCAACUAGUACCGGCCAAAUAAAGGUCUGUUAGAGGAAUAGUGGCUGUAAUUUAAAAAUAUAUAUAUAUAUAUAUUUGAGGACUAUUAUUUGAACUUAACAAGGUUCACGUGUUUUUGGUGAGUUUUUAGCCAUGUUGUCCUCGGUUCCCCCGCGGAUCUUCAUGCGAAGGUCGCGUAGCCUUUCGCCGUGCCGCGUGUUCCAGACUAACACCAAGGACCCCGCAAGGAACCACAUCACCCUCGAGAAUGCGGAGGUCAACCGCAACCCCAUCGUUUCCACCUCCAGGGUCUCCCGUAGAGGUAUUCUGAGGGAGGAUGUAAAAGCUUUGAGUGUGAGUCCGGCAGUGCAGUACCACCAUCUGGCCCCCAAGUGGCUGUCUAACCUCCAGGAUCGUAGGAGUUCCUGGGCUUCUCUGGCUUCAAAGGGGUGCAACAACAACCAGUACUGGGAGCAGAGCGGGGAAAAGACCGAGGGAGAGAGCGGGAACAAGCGCUCGUAUGGACUGGCUUGUGCAGGUGUACUGUCCGCUGCAGCCGUUGCCUUCUGUCUCAAGAAAGACUCUGAUACUAAAGGUGAUGCACUUUUGGAGGCAGCAAGGACGAACAACUCUCAAGAUGUGGCAAGGUUGCUGGCCGAAGGGGUGGAGCCUAACCAUCGGCACCGUUUGGGCUGGACCGCUCUGAUGGUGGCAGCUAUGAACCGCCAACACAGCGUGGUGAAGGUUCUGCUGGAGUCCGGUGCCGACCCCAACGCAGGAGACCACUUCAACAACGUCUACGACACUUCCAGGGAGAAGGGCAUCCACUCCCUAGAAGUGCUGGUCUCCAGGGAGGAUGAGUUCAGCAGCAGACUAAGCAGCCGGGCUGGUUUCCGUGGUUGCACAGCCCUCCACUACGCCACGCUGGCUGACGACCCUGUAACCGUACGCAUGUUGCUGGAGAAAGGUGCCAACCCCCUGCAGACCAAUGCCUUGGGACACACGGCCAGAGCCUACGCCAAAGAGGGAGAGCUGCACACCCUCCUGCAGGAGUGGGAGGGGAAGUUCCAGGAGGUUCAGGCAAAGCGAGAGGCAGAGGAGAGGAGGCGUUUUCCACUGGAGAGAAGACUGAAGGAGCACAUCAUUGGCCAGGAGGGGGCCAUCAACACUGUGGCUUCAGCGAUCAGGAGGAAGGAGAAUGGCUGGUAUGACGAAGAACAUCCCCUGGUCUUCCUCUUCCUCGGCUCCUCUGGAAUCGGUAACUCCUCCCCCCAUCCCUGGCUCUUCCCGUUCGUACCACUCGGCUAUAAAGCAAGACUGAGCUGGCCAAACAGGUGGCUCGUUACAUGCACAAGGACGUCAAAAAGGGCUUCAUCCGCAUGGACAUGUCCGAAUUUCAGGAGAAGCACGAGGUGUGACAUCAUCGGUGGCCCUUUCCCCCAAAAGGGGGAAUGUCCCUGUGCUGUAGGAUACGCUACGGACCACAGCCUGUGUCCCUGUGCUGUAGGAUACGCUACGGACCACAGCCUGUGUCCCUGUGCUGUAGGAUACGCUACGGACCACAGCCUGUGUCCCUGUGCUGUAGGAUACGCUACGGACCACAGCCUGUGUCCCUGUGCUGUAGGAUACACUACGGACCACAGCCUGUGUCCCUGUGCUGUAGGAUACGAUACGGACCACAGCCUGUGUCCCUGUGCUGUAGGAUACGAUACGGACCACAGCCUGUGUCCCUGUGCUGUAGGAUACGCUACGGACCACAGCCUGUGUCCCUGUGCUGUAGGAUACGAUAUGGACCACAGCCUGUGUCCCUGUGCUGUAGGAUACGCUACGGACCACAGCCUGUGUUGAUCACUUAGGUCUUCAUUAUGAUACUUUCCCAUCAGCACUGUCACCAACUGUUUAGCUUUGGGCUAAAAAACCUUGCACUCUACGACUCGUCUCCCACAGUUGAGUUUAAAGAGGCUUGUCCGGGUACCUACAGAAAUUCAGAAGCGAGGAACAUCUCGUUCUUCUUUAUGGGCUUCUAAACAUGUUUUUGUAUCAAAGGAUUGAAAUUCGACAUAUUUCGUCUUCAGUUGCUUGAGCUCAUCUUUCUCAUGCAGUUUAACUGUAUGUCCUCUUUGUCCACAUUUCAAAUGAAAGUGCUUUAAUAGCACAAGUAUUUGUUCACACUGCUUAAGCAAUUGGAAAAUUAAAAGUAAGAUAAAAUUUAAAUAAUAAAUACAAUUUGAACAUUUUCAAAUGGAUACAUAUUACCUAUACAUAACAUCUGUGUAAUGAAAGUCGAAAUAACGGGAAACUGAAGAGAUACAUCUUGAUUGUGUUUAUUAAGACUUGUUCUGGUAUUUCUAAGCAUCAUUGCACAUGAUGGUGUGGAAAGACAGAGAGUUUUUGCCAAAUCAGUAGGUCGGACUCGAACCCACACCGCAGUGGUCCACAUGAACCAGAGACCCCACCGACAAUGUUUUCAAAUUCUUUGUGAUUUGCAUGAUAUGAGGGAAAUAUGACUGUGCCUUCAACCCUAUCCACCACUCCUCUCUAGGUGGCCAAGUUCAUAGGUUCUCCUCCAGGUUACGUGGGUCACGAGGAAGGAGGUCAACUGACUAAAAAGUUGAAGGCGUGUCCCAACGCUGUGGUUUUAUUUGACGAGGUGGAC